AUGCCAUUAUCCUCCGCAAUCUCGGAGGCAAGCGAUACGUCUUCCCCGGCCCCCGCGCAACAUGCCCUAGGGAUUCCGCGACCCCCUUCCGUGGGAGGGAUCUCGUCCCGGGUGACGGAUAUGGCUUCGGAAGAUGGCGAGCAGUCCCAGGCAUACACCACGGUCUCGUCGCAUCCCGUGCAAUCGCGACCGUCCGUGUCCCGACGAGCGCCUCCGCCCGCCAGGAGCUCCAUCGCAUCCACCAGCCAGGGCACAAAUCGACCAGGAAGUUCCGGUAGCAGACUGAGCCGAUCCCACAUCCCUUCCCUCACGGCGCAAGGCUUCUUCCGCCCCAUGUCAUCGCAGCGACUCCAAGCACACCGUGGCCGGCCCAUGACGAAAGGAACAGCCACAGACACGUCGGAGGAAUGGAACGACCAUGGGAGUCAGAAUCGGCAGAGCUUGGUAUCAAACAGCACGAUACCCCAGGGGUCCGUUGCGCCCAUGGAGCAGGAACCCCCUCCCUCACGCGGCACUGAAUUCACCGACCCUAUCAUCCCGGAUCGCAACACGUCGAAUGCAAGCCCUGUCGGCAACACGACGGGACGGAGUCAAGGCGAGAGUGCUAAGCUUAUCUUCGACAAGGAGAGGGCGUAUAAGAUCCAACCACCACAUCUCAACCUGGGGGUAAGCUACAGUGGCUCGAACGAACCCGAAACGCCCCAGAGAUCACCACUAUCCUUUCUCUCCCUACAGAACCGGGGUCAGGGACAAGAGAACCGUGACAAUCGAGCACACGAGAGGCUAUCCUCCGCCGGCUCGACCCCUAGAUCUAUCGAAAAGCCGCCUCGGAUAACCGACACCAGGAGCCGUUGGGGUAAGAACUACGAGUAUUUCGUUGGGAAUACCAUCUUUUUCGGUGGUGGGCGACUGCAGAACUCCAGAGACAAGCCCGUUAACAUUGCGACGGGGAUCUUUGUGGUUGUGCCCUCUGCUCUGUUCUUCGCAUAUUCGGCUCCUUGGCUCUGGCAUCAUAUUUCGCCUGCCAUCCCGAUCUUGUUUGCUUACCUCUUCUACCUGUGCUUCUCGUCCUUUAUACAUGCUUCAGUCGUUGAUCCGGGGAUUAUUCCUCGCAAUCUUCACCAGAUGCCUCCGCCAGAUCUCUCUGUCGAUCCGUUGGCGGUAGGUCCACCGACCAACGACUGGGUGAUGGUGAAGCUGGCAACGUCUGAAGUUGCGGCGAUGGAUGUGCCGAUCAAAUACUGCAAGACGUGCUGUAUCUGGCGCCCUCCCCGGUGUUACCAUUGCCGUGUCUGUGAUAACUGUGUCGAGACCCUCGAUCAUCACUGCGUCUGGCUCAACAACUGUGUCGGCCGCCGUAACUACCGAUACUUCUUCACCUUUGUCGCCUCCUCCACGCUUCUCGCGCUAUUCUUACUCGGCGCCAGUCUCGCCCAUAUCCUGGUAUAUCGCUCCCAGGAGCACGUCAGCUUCGGCACUGCCAUCGAUAAAUGGCGGGUCCCCUGGGCAAUGGUCAUUUUCGGGGCGAUCGCUGCGCCGUACCCGGCCUCUCUGUGGGCAUACCACCUCUUCCUGGUCGGUCGGGGCGAGACAACCAGAGAAUACCUGAACUCCCACAAGUUCGCCAAAGUUGAUCGCCAUCGUCCGUUCACUCAGGGCAACGCGUUCCGGAACUGGCUGUCGGUCUUCCUGCGCCCACGGCCUCCGACGUAUAUGCAGUUCAAGCAGCCGUACCAAGAAGGCGACCAGCGCCUGAGCACGGUGAAGCGCAAGUAUCUCCCGCGCCAUGUUGAGCCUCAGCCCGACAUCGAGAUGCAGCAUGUGCCUCCUCCGUCUCAACCGGAAUCGUGA